GGCGCUUUGAUGGUUUGCAUGGAAAUCGAAACUUAACAAGCGUGAGUUCGUCAUUGAUCAGAUCGCUUUAAACCAAAGCCUCUGUCUUAUUCAUCGGGUUUCGUACAGGUCAGUUUGUGAUUCAGAAAGCAGAAUGUCCAGCACUGGUCCAGCACCCGCGAACUCUUCAGCGUUCGUCAUCCAGUUUCAACCGCCAACACAAACAACACCUGUUACGAUGCUGACAAGCGCUCCUGUGGUGACAAAUGCUCCUGUACCUGUUUAUGUACAACAGGUGGUGGGAGUUUCACCUCUACAAGGAAUUCAGGCGUUUCUAAAAGGCCAACCGAAAGCCCUUGGGACGGUCCAGAUAAUGAUCGGUGUGCUGACUUUCCUGAUUGGCAUUGUGUUCACAGUUAAUGCAGAAUUCAUCUUUGUCAUUAGCGGUCUUCCUUACUGGGGAUCUCUCAUCUACAUUAGCGCUGGCUCGCUCUGCAUUGCUGCUGAAAAUAAAAUUAAUUCACCCUCCAGUUUGUGUUUGGUGAACGCUUCACUUGGAAUGAACGUUUUCAGUACCAUAACCGCAGGCAUCGCCAUUAUUUUACUUUCACUGGAUUUGGUUAUGGGGCCAUACACUUACUGCAGCGAUUAUGACUGUUAUCGAUUAGUGAGAUUGUAUGAGACUCUUUUCAGUGGAAUCAGAGGUGUGUUGUUGGUAUUCGCCGUGCUUGAGUUUAUCAUCUCCAUCUUUCUGUCAGCAUUUGCCUGUAAAGCCAACGCAUGCUGUUGUCCUCCUCAGGUGCAGUAUGCUCCUUUACCUCCACAGCCCUCUGAUUUCAGACCCAGUCAUUUCUAUGGUCUCAACAGCUCAGAGAUACCUGCGUCCAGCAGCUCAUCCAUUCAUCACCAGCCUGCAGAAAUUCCCCCCACAAUACAAUGAAUCAAAAUAAAUAUGAAUAAGUGGACAGUGUUAUCUUAUGAAAUCUAGGAAUGUAUUAGAAAAGAUAAUGCAAUAUAUUAAAUGGUACACUUCCAUAUAUGAGACACUAGUGUUCACAUUUUCGGUAUAUUGCAAUGUAUUCAUGUAUGGCUAUAUAUUCAUACCUAUACAAAAUGACAAAAUCUUUGCAUGUAAUAGCUUUACGACACUCAAU